AUGGUCAUUACACAGGAUGAUGUAGGAGUUGAAUUAUGUGGUGGUAUCAAGCAUGUUGUAGCGAUCGCUGCAGGAAUCUGUGAUGGUUUAAAGCUAGGAGAUAAUACUAAGUCCGCUGUACUUCGUAUUGGAUUCUGGGAAAUGUCUGAACUGAUGAAAGAGUUAUUUCCUGAUAGAG